CAGGGUUAAAGUGAAGGAGCUGUGGAAUGCCUACCGCAAAACCUGCGAGGCAAACAGCCGCUCCGGUGUUGCCCCCGCGACCUGCUGUUUCUACAAAGAGCUGGAUGUGAAACUUGCGGGCAACCCCACCUCUACUCCGAGUACCACCAUGGACAUUUCAAAGCCCAGUUCAACAAGGCAGGAGGAGGAGGAGCAAAGCGGGAGCAAGGGUGCUAAGGCGGAGGAAGAUGCAAUCUGGAAUCCCUAGAUGCAUACAGCCAGGAGCUUUUCUCAAGCCAGGAGGAAGGUAGCCUGUCGCGGCGGCCGGUGCUUGGGGAAGGAUAAACACCAGAGGAGGUGCCCGAAAGUGCACCCGCACCAACUGAUGCCUGAUUCGUACGUUCAACAAUAUGGCUUCCUGACAACAAGAAAGCAGCAUAUCAGAUAUCUACAAACUCUUUGAUGAAUGUAAACAUCGGUGCUGGUUUCUGCAAGAUGUGAAGGGACUCACCGCUAGGUAACCUAAUAUGAUGCAUCCGAUGAAGUGAGCUGUAGCUCACGAAAGCUUAUGCUCAAAUAAAUUUGUUAGUCUCUAAGGUGCCACAAGUACUCCUUUUCUUUUUGCUAAUAUGGUAUAGUCAACAAAGCUCAAAAGGUCUGCUAUUGGUAAUGGGACCUUCGGAGACAUGAAAGGUAUCUUGCCUUCUUUUUUCUGAACUUGACAAAAUCAACAUCAUGUGGACAAAAUAAAACAGAACGGAAACUUGUUCUGAAUAACAGAAUGCCAAAGAAAAGGAAAAAUCCAGGUGUGAGUCCCUCCAGGAAGAUCAUGGAUUCAGAGAGAAUGGCUGCUUCUGGUGAAGGACUGGUACCACCUCCAGGAGAUGUGUCGGUGUCACGAGCAAUUUACAGUGUCAAUAAGGAAGAGCUCUUCAACAAUAUGUCAGAAAUGUUUUCUGGCCUGGAUCCUAGUGUAGUUUAUAUGGUGCUGUCUGAAUGUGAUUUUAAAGUUGAAAAUGCUAUGGAUUGUCUCCUAGAACUUUCCACAGCUACUAAGGGAGUAGCAUCUUCAAAAGUCUCAGGUUUUGAUUCAAUAGCAUCAUCUCUGUCUCUCGUUAACCAGCAAAGCUCUGUUUCAAAUGAGAUAGUGGGCGAAAGUUGUGCAAAAGAAGAUAUUGUGAACUUUAAAGAAGAAUCAGUAAAGAUCCCAUCACCUGAUAUUCAGCUGACUGAAGAGCUAGAUUCCUUGAUACAAACUGCUUUUGAGAAAUACAGUCUGAGAGACAAAUUGUAUGAUUCCACAAAUGACAAAAUCACAGGAAAGCAGCCUAUGACAUCUGACCAGAGUAAUUCUAAUGGCAUUAAUGAGUUUCCUGAGAGUGAAAAAUCCAGUUUAGGGUUUAAUGUCCUGUUUUCUCUGCAGCAAGCAGAGACAGAGAAUGAGAAAUUUGAAAACUUCUCAUCUAUGUUAAUCUCAGAGGGUCGCAAAUCUUCUCAGCCAGCUGUAAGUAAAUCUAGCAUUCAGACAAAGGAUAGUUCAUCAGUUGACAUGGACAUUUUUGCACAAGUAUCAGUAAGCUCUAGUCUGCCAGAAAUUGAUACUGACAAUGCUCCAGAAGUCAUUAAACCAGCGAACUUGGAAGUGGCUUGUGGAAAUCGUAAUCAAUCGCAGAAUAUUGUUUCAGACCAUGGAAGUUUGUUUGAUGCGUCUAGUCAUUUUUUCCAGGGAUUUGUAGAAGCUGGUACAACAGCUAGUGGAAAUUCCAGCUCAAAAUACCUUGAACAACAGGAAGGUGUAAUGGCUGUGUGUAGUGGCCAAAAAAGCAUUUCUCUCCCUGAAGUGUCUGAAUCUCUUGAAGGAUCCAGUUUCAAAUUGCCACAGCUUGUAGAUGUUCCGCAGGGAAGGAAUUUACAUUUUUCUCCACCACCACAGCAAUCUCCACAGCCUCCUUGGAAUCCAAUGGCUCCUGUGUUUUAUCCAUCAAGUGGAAGUCACAGCUUUGUAACUCCAGUAGCUAUCAGUCCGGGACAAUGCAGACCUCUUGCAGACUACAGGACGCAUGGCAAAGGAAUGCCUUUUCCUCCUCCAGUGGUUUCACAUGUCUGGGAUAGCAACGCUUCUCCAAAGGUAUGGGGAAAUCAAGAUGGAAUCCAAAAAAUGAACCUCUCUCAAGUACACCAACCACCUGUUUGUCCAGUGAUGAGGAAAAAGACACAUCUUGUAGGUCAAGUACUUGUUCUUCUCAGAGGGGUUCCAGGAUCAGGAAAAUCUUUUUUGGCAAGGACUUUGCUUGAGGAUAACCCAAGUGGAAUCAUUCUUAGUACUGAUGAUUACUUUUACAAAAAUGGACAAUAUCAGUAUGAUGCAAAUUGCUUAGGAGAAGCACAUGAGUGGAACAGGAAACGAGCUAAAGAAGCCUUUGAAAAGAGAAUCUCUCCUAUAAUAAUAGACAACACAAACGUACAGGCAUGGGAGAUGAAGCCUUAUGUUGCUUUGUCUCAGCAGUACAAAUACAAAGUUAUGUUCCGAGAGCCUGAUACUUGGUGGAAGUUUAAACCAAAAGAGCUUGAAAGGCGAAACAUUCAUGGUGUAUCUAAAGAAAAGAUCAAAAGAAUGUUGGAGCGAUAUGAACGUUGCCUUACUGUUAACUCAAUCUUGAGUUCUACUGUCCCAAACAAAUCAGAAAAUGCUGAUUGGAAUGAAGAUCUUUGUCAGGGGGAAGGUUACGGGCAAAAAGAGGUACAUGCUUAUGUGAAAGAAGAGAGACUUUUUGCUUCAGCUUUGAAGCUUCCUGAAUUAGCUGAAGAGGAGAAACAUGCAUCUGCUAUAUCUUCAGCACUAGAAAAUAAUAAUUUAACUGAUAAAUAUUUUCAAAAAGAAAAGGAGGAAAUUGAAAAUAAUUUAAGAGAACACGUUUCUGAGAAUAGCAUUAUUCAAGGUGGUGUGGAUAUUAGUUUAUCAGAUUAUGAAGAAAAGGAAGUGCCUUUGGGGGAAAAAGCUAUAAAGAGAGAAGAAAUACAUAGAAUUACUGAAACAGAAACUAGUAAAACUGAUGAGGUGAAAUCUGAAGAAACCACACACUUGCACAUCUGUUCUUGUGAACAUAUUCAAGAACAUAGUAACAAGAUUGUGGAAGUUCAAACAGAAAAAGAUCAGUACAAUGAAAUUGCAGUAGAACCAGUAUUAACACGUGAAAGGAACAUUAUGAAACAAAAUGAUUCAUCUUUGGAUGUAUCAGUGAGGCCAGAAUUAUUAAACUUUCUGGGUGACUGGCCUGUAGAACAAACAAUCGGGCAGAGAACCAAAAGGACUAGAAGAAUAGACAAAUCUUCUAUGAAGAGUGAUAAAGAGGAUAAAGCAACCAGCCAGCAUCUUCUUGAUUCACACAAGGCACAAGUGGACCUGGCAGAUAUUCAGCAGGAAGUACUACCUGGUGAAAAAAGACAGGGGGAAGAAAAUUUAGCCUCGGACUCUUUUUGUGUUCUUGGUGCAGAUACAAUUACCCCAGAAUUGCAAAUGAUGGGAGACUGGCCUGCUAUGAGCUCUUUACGGCAGAGGCAACAUAGAUCAAGGAGAAUAUCAAAGAGAAGUCUAAGUGAAUCUGAUGAAGCUGGAAAUAAUAAAUGUGAUAUACACAAAAAUGUUCUUGACACAGUGGAUGUGCUUCAUGGAACACCUGUGAGCACUGAAGAGCUACAGGAGACAGAGAAAUCAAAUUUUCAAGAACCUGAAAGAGUAGCUAGUGAAAGUAUCAGUGAGAAAAAGCCCCAACAAAAUAAAAGAACACGGAAGCGUCAUAAAUUAGCCCUCACAUUUACCAACAGCAGUGUGGCCCUCUCCAAACCAGAAGAACAGUUGUCUACACUUAAUUUGCUGGAAGAGAAACCUAAAAAACACAUAUGUAAACAACCAAGCAGGUAUUCACAGACUGAGCCACAGGAUUUUGCGCUCUUAUGGAGAUUAGAAAAGAAAAUUAUUACUUCUGAGAAUAUUAUUUCCGAGAAUACCAAAGUAUUACAUGGCAGAUUAGAAGCGUUCAGACCAAAAAACAUGGAUGCUGCUUCAAGUUCUCAAGAAAAAAUCCCCUAUAGAGUUAUGUAUGAUAAAAGCACGUAUGUGGAAGAAAGUGAACUUAUCAGUAUUGAUGAAUCUGAAAAUCUGAAUGUUCUUUGUAAGCUGUUUGGGUCCUUUUCAUUUGAUGCAUUGAAGGACUUAUAUGAAAGAUGUAACAAGGACAUUGUCUGGGCCACAGGCCUGCUAUUGGAUUCUGAUGAAAAGUUGUGUAAAGGCGAAGACAUUGAAUGCUUGCAGGAGGCAGGAACUGAGCCAGGUACCCCAGACCUUGAAUUCAAGGCAAAUACAAACUAUGGAGAGAAUCUUAAAAAUUCUGAACAAACCAGCCAAAUAAUUAUGACUGAUGGUAUCACUCAGCUUUCAGAAAACAAUUUAUCAGUGUGUUAUGCAGAGAGUGAAACUACAGACAUACUUGAGACAGAUGCUAAAAUAUCUGACUCACUAACAAGACUUCCACCGAGUGCUUCCGUAAAACUCAAAAAUACCAAUGAUAUUGCUCCCAGAACUCAGGCAGAAGAUUCAGGAACAGAUAUCAUUGAGCAAUCUGUUUCAGACACACAGAAAAUAAACUCAAAGGUGAUGAGCCUUGUUAAUGAAACAGAAGAAAAACCAGUGGUGUCUCAGUUUGAUGUGGGCUUAUGUCUACCUGUGACUUUACCUAAGGAGUUUAACACUGCUCCAAUCAUUUUGAAACCCAAAUUAAAUAAGGAGAUAGACAAUAAACUUUCAGAAACAUAUCAAGAGAGUUCCAAAGUAAAUAAUAUGAUUCUUCCGUUACUGCAAAUGGAUCAAGCACCUUUGAAGAGCUAUGCAAGUGAUGAAGAAGAACUGGAAACCUAUAAAGAAACUCAGGGGAAUCCUAUGAUAUCAAUUGGAGGUGAUAGGGAAGAAAGCAAACCUUCUAAUAUGGAUGAAGAUAGAACCAAGUUAUUGAACCCUAGUUCAUUAUCCUCAGGAUCCAUGAAUAUAAAUUGCCUAGAAUUGGCAUUACCUCCUGAACUAGCCCUUCAGCUGAAAGAAAUAUUUGGGCCAGUUGGCAUUGACUCAGGAUCACUAACUGUUGAGGAUUAUGUGGUUCAUAUAGAUCUGAAUCUGGCCAAAGUGAUUCAUGAGAAAUGGAAAGAAUCUAUUAUGAAGAGACAAAGGAAAGAAGAGGAAUAUUAUAAGCUGCUUAUGCAAGAUCUGGAUGACUCCGACACAAUCUUAUCUCAGAGCACAGACAGUAAACUUCAGAGGAAGAAAAUGGCCUGGCCCUCUCGAUCAUCAACAGAGAAACACAGCGAAAAUCUAGCAACAUCAGAAAUUUUCCCUUUUAUGGAUCACUGGAAUGCACAAACUCAAAGAGUAUCACUCAGAGAAAUAAUGUCUGAAGAAAUAGCCUUACAGGAGAAACAGGACCUGAAACAUGUUCCUUCCAUGGCUAGAAAAGACUGCGCUGCCAGGUUGAAGGAGAAGCAACUCUUUGAGAUGUUCCCAACCAUAAACCAAAACUUCUUAAUGGACAUCUUCAAGGACAACAACUACUCCUUAGAACAGACCGAGCAAUUUCUGAACUGUGUCCUGGAGGCAGACCCUGUAAAAACGGUUGUAGCUCAAGAGAUUGCUCAGCAAACUGAGUCUCUCCCUUCCUGCAGUGCUAUAAAGAACCGAGAGAAAAAGGCAAAAAAAUCCAAGGAGGCUGAAGAUGUUCUGAAUGAGAUGGUGUUCCAAGACAUUGAGUACCCUGGGUAUGAUGACUUCAGAGCAGAGGCUUUUCUUCACCAGCAAAAGAAACAGGAAUGCUUAAAAAAAGCAGAGGAGGCCUAUCGCAUGGGUAUGAAGCCUGUGGCAACAUUUUAUGCACAACAGGGUCGCCUUCAUGAGCAGAAGAUGAAAGAAGCAAACCAUGAUGCUGCUGUGCAAAUCUUUGAGAAAGUAAAUGCAUCCCUGCUGCCUGAGAAUGUUUUGGAUCUGCAUGGUCUUCAUGUAGAUGAAGCCAUUAAUCACUUGUCCAGAGUACUACAGGAGAAAAGCCACGAGUACAAGCAGACUGGUGGUAAACCAUAUCUGUGUGUGAUCACGGGAAGAGGAAACCAUAGCCAAGGAGGAGUUGCUCGUAUCAAACCAGCAGCCACUAAAUACCUCACAAGCCACAACUUCAGGUUCACAGAAAUAAAACCAGGCUGCCUGAAAGUCAUGCUGAAGUAAAAGGAUGUGAAGAAGGGAGGUGUGAAACUAGAAAUUUUAAACAUUGUCAAUAAUUAUAACUUAAUGUACUUUAAAAACAGUAUUUUAUUAGAAAUUUUUUCAACUUAUUUUAUAGCAGUUAGUUUUGUCAGCAUGUGUUUCCAACAAAAUGGUAAGAGUGAAGUGUAUUUUUUCGUAACUCCAAAGAGAAGACCCUUUUACAGAGAUUACAAUAUGAGAAGUACAGACCUACAGUACUGCUAAACAAUGUGAGAAGUAUAGACCUACAAUACUGCUGAACAAUAGAUGAGGAUUUAAAGAGAAAUUAGGGUCCCAUUUUCAAACACUGCUUCCUUCUCAGUGCAGACAGAGCCUAAGAUUAUCUCUGGCCCAAUACAUUUUAAUAGUUGUGGAUUUUGUAACUUUAAAAUAUACACAGUAAAAAUUAACUUGUUUAAAGAUAGUUAUUGUGUGUUUUAGAAUUUUGAGUUGAGAUUUUCAAAGGAGCGAGGUAUCCAACCCUCAUGGAAAUUUUAAACUCAAGGCAGGUGGGUGCCUAACACUCAAAGGCUCUUUUUAAAAAUCUGAGCCAUGAUCUUUAAGUGGUGGUUUCUUGAAAAUAUGAGCCAGUUCUGCUGUCCUUAUUCAUACACAACUCUUCUUGAAGUCAAUAGGAGUUGUGUGUUAUAAGGAGUCUAGACUGGGACCUAAAGUCUGUUAGGAAAUUUUAUUAAUGCACCUUAAUUCUUUAAGGAGAAAAACAUAACCCCAUAGUCUCAUCUCUGCCUACAUUUUAUCUGUGUAUAAUAAAAUAAAUAAAUAAGUAGAAAAAUUGGUACUUCUCCAGUAGUAAAUAUUAUGUUUUAACUGCAUGGCAUUUCAAGCACAUUUUCUAGUAGGAAGACAGAUUAUAGUAGUAUAGUGGUAAUUGCUCAACUGGAAAGAUCAGAUUGGAGGAAGAAUUCCUUUGACAUUAGCGGUUCUUCAGGAUCCAGAAAAUGUGCUUAUAAUGCUUUUGCCCCUGCCCCCCCCAUACUUAGAAGAUAUUUUUCAGUAAACAGAGUGUUUAUUUUAAGAACAAAAUGGAACAUCUUAAAAUAUACUUUUAUUAUAGUAUGUAACAGCCUUGAAAAUUGAGAGGCAUAAGUUUCCUUUAAUAUAAUAGUUUUUAAAGCUUUGCUAUGAAACAUUUUCAUAACAAUUGAGUUAUGUACUGGAAAUAAUGUUGUUAGGUGAAUGUGAGGUAUUUUUCAUAUUCUUAAGUUAUUAUGUCAGUAAAUUUUGGGGAGGGGGGAUUUCAAAACAGUACCCUUUGUGCUCACACACAGUUGUAUGCACACAAAUAUUAGGAUUUACACGCACCACCCCAUUUGUAUGUGCCAUUGAGGCCUUGGGGGUCAGGCAGGCUUGCAUUCAGCUAGCCUGGGAUGCCUCCAGUGCUGCAGUGUCCAGGCUGUUAUGUUUAGCAUGCUAGCUUGAGCUGAGCUAGCAUGAGUCUGUCUACCCAUGCUAGGAAUCAUGCCUCCCAGCUGCAGUGCAGACAUAGUCUGUAAUAACUGUCUUUUGGUUUGUGGGUACUUAUGUACACUGUUUGUCUCUCCACUUUAGCUCUCUGUCCUGUUCCUGUAGGCAAAGUGUUCAAAUAUAAAGGAACCCUGCUCUUCAAGUCCUUAAGAGCAGAGUUCUUUUUAUGCUUCUGGACUGUGCAGUAGUGGCCUGAAUGUGGUAAUAGGCAGUAGUGUCAUACCCUAAGAUAAAUAGAUCCUUCUCCAUGGAAAUCAAUGGCCAAACUUCCAUUGAUUUCAGCGGUGUAUGAUCAAACCCUAAGGUACCAAUUAAGCAAUGCAUUUUAAACAUGUGCUUAAGUCUCAUUAAUGCAAUGGGACUUAAGUAUUCUGCUUUGCUGAAUAGUGACCUAAAAAGGAGGAGAAAACCAGAGUGGAAGAGGAGUGGUGGAUAUACAAAAAACCUCCUCUCUAUCUUGGAUUAUUUGCCUAGUUGUCCAGAAGAAACAUUGAAACUUUUUUUCAUUUUAUAGCCUUUGUUUUAGGAGCCCAAUAAUUUAUUUUAUAAUGGGAAGAACUGUUUUAAAUAACUGUAUUUUACAAUAUUUUGAAGUAGGUAAAAUUUUUGGGACUUCCAGCCUUUACGGUGUCCUUUUAAGAAGAAACCAGUGACAUAAUUUUUGCUAUGAAAAUUUCAAACCUUAAAGUAUUACCACCAGCACUCUGAAAGAACAUAGACUGUUAAAAUAAGUGUGCACCAGUUUCUUCUUUUCCUUUUAUUUAACAGGACACUGUAGAGGAUAGUAGGCCAUGACUCCUUUCUUUUAAAAGUACUUGUUCAUAAAGUUCACUCAAUUUGUUAAAUUAAAAAAAUGCUUCAAAACUUUUUCCUAAAGAAAAGUUAAUGUCAGCAGCUUAGUAUUCAUGAGCAAUCCUCAAUAACAGACCAGUACAUGCACAUGCAAUGAAAGAAACAUGAUUCUGUAAAGGAACAGAUUUGUUUAAAAAAAAUUAAAGAUCAUCUUUCAGAUUUCCAGGGAUUAUAUAAAUAGUAAUAAUACUAUUACUAUUAAUUACUAUUACUAAUAAGUAAUAAUAGUAAAAUACUUUUAAAAAUACUUUGAUGGUCCUUUUUACAAAUGCUUUUGUUUUCUUUUAUAGUUUGUGGUUCAAUUUCUUUUAAACUUUAAAUAUUUUUCUAAACUUAGUUAGGGCAUCUUAAACACAGUCAUAGUGGUACAUUUUUGAGGUUAAGAAGUUGGAAACCUUUGUAAUUCAGGAGUCCUCAUUCUUACAGUUUUAUAGAUGCCCCAUACUAGCUAGUAAGGAGACCAUUUUAAUAAUCCAUACAUUGUAUAUAAGUGAUAUUCAUUGCAUGCCCUACAGAACGUGUAUUCUAAUUCAGUUUUACUGUGAAGAGAUGGAAUUUAACCACCUUGACAUCCAACGUGUUCAUCAAACAUGUGCAGAACAUGUGUGGAUAAGAGAAUAAUCCCAGUGUUGGUAUUAUUAAACCAAUGUUGUUGUAAAUGUGCUGAGGUGCAUUAGACAUAGAAUUUACAUGACCAGUGCUUCUAUCUUUAAACGUAAUUCACGUUUCAAGAAUGGUAAUUAGCCCUCUUCACAGAAUUGAAGAGAGGAUGGAGUAGAACACACUGAAAAAGAAGAGUACUUUGACUUUUCACAGUUCUGUGGCAGCAAGGUUAUUUUUCUUUAAAAAGAAAAAGAUCUUGCUAUCUCAACUAAUGAGCAAGCUCUGAUGAGAAUUAAAUGACUGAUACCCAUGAAAGUGCACAUAAUAAAAGUACAGGGUUGCAGCUAUCAGUUGUAAAAGUUAUUAGGACCUGUAUAAUAGAGGAUAUACACUUCUAUUUUUUAAAUUAGAAUAUGAAAAAAAGAAUUUUAUUUGUAUAAAGUUGUACAUUUACUGUUAACUAUCAUGCUCAUUUUUACUGGAAUACAGUUUUGUAAUUUGCAUUUAGGGUUUCUUAUGUCAAAAUGAAUUUGCAAAUGAAAUCUAGAUUAAUAAAGGAAUUUUACCACAAA